AUGUCUGAGACUAAUAGUGAACGUGUGGCACCAACGUCUUAUCCAUAUGCGUGGACACCAAAAUCCGAGUUGUCAAUAGACGAUUUCGUGAAGAAGUAUCGUCCGUCUAUGGUACAGGACGAUGGCACCAAACCUUGGAUUUGGGUCAGGACGUUAAAAGACGAAGGGCUGUCAUUGCAUGAUAGCUCAGAAGCCAUCGAAGAGGCAUCUACCUUGACAGAUAUGUAUUUCUUGCUGCAGAACGACGCGAGUAUACCGCUCCGAUCAAGCAAGAAGACUGGUGCCAAGAGCAAGAAGGAGCUCCGCGAAGCCGCUCAAGCUGAGGCUACCGAGAAACUAAGAGAAAUAUCCACUCGCCACGGUUAUGUAUGCGGGAAAUGGCUUGCCUUUGCCCCUGCUGAUAAAGUCGACCUCAUCUGGUCCAACCUCGCCAAGUCAAUUGUCUCCGGCCCACUCUCCUCCACUGCCAUAUAUACCGCGAAAGUGUCUACGUCCCCGAAAGUGGACUCGCCGAACUAUCAGCAUGUCAUAUGCAUGUACAUGCCAGAUGUGUACAACAAAACUGCCGUCACCGAAGCCAUGAAGGUUCUGUUGCAAGAUCAUGGCAUGAACCUAUCCGGCGUCAAAUCCGAUUUGUACACAUGCAUAGGGUUGGACAGCAAACAUCCAAGUGAAGUUCAAUCCACAAUCUGGAAAAACAAGGAUUUGAUACCCGAGGUUGAGAUCAAAGCGCUGAAGGACACCUUCUACGCCAAUCUCAAGGAUAAGGAUAGCAAAACGACUGCUGCCAAUGUGCAAAGCACCGCUGACAAUGGCAGCAAGCCAGCAGCCAACAAGUCCGACACCAAUGGCAAACGAAAACUUCCCGGUAAGAAGAAAACCGCAAAUGACGAUCCUUUCGAGAGCGACAACGAGGAUGACAAAGGUAGGCGCAACCUUGACGACAAACUAGCCGCUUACAAAGGACGUGCACCCUCAGCCGAGGCGAUAAAGAAAAGGCCAGUACCCGAGAAGAAAUUACCACGGAAAAAGGCAAAGGUUGAGAAUAUUUUCGCUGACGACGACGAUGCCUGA